UCCUCAAAGAUCCUGUUCCUGCCAAACUUUUUUUUGUUCCCCCGCCCCCUCUUACUUUCUCCACACUAUCUUGUUCGUUUUCUACACAACUUUAAAAAAAUGUCCUAUUUCGAAGACGAAACCAAGGCUCCUGCAGUGUCGCCGUCCCAGUCGUCUGUCAUGUCAAACCGAUCGUUCAUUGUGAGACAAGACAGCCCUGUCGAUAUUGACGGAAUGAGCUGGCCAAGCAAAGGCGCUAAAAUUCGCAGAGAUGAGUCCGAGAAAGAACGAGAGGACAGACAGGCCAAGAUUGCGGAUGCAGUAAAGACGAUCUUAUCAUGCAUUGGUGAAGAUCCAGAGAGAGAGGGGUUGCUCAAGACACCUGAGCGGUAUGCCAAGGCAUUGAUGUUCUUCACAAAGGGCUAUGAACAGAACAUCCGAGAUGUGGUGAAUGAAGCUAUUUUCGAAGAAGAUCACGACGAGAUGGUGAUUGUCAAGGAUGUGGACGUAUUCUCGCUGUGCGAGCAUCACAUGGUCCCCUUCACUGGCAAGAUCAGCAUCGGAUAUAUUCCUAACCGUCGCGUGGUGGGACUCAGCAAGCUGGCACGUCUUGCCGAGAUGUUCACGAGAAGACUUCAAGUACAGGAACGAGUAACCAAGCAGAUUGCCACUGCGCUCAUGGAAAUCUUGCAACCACAGGGCGUCGCCGUGGUCAUGGAAGCAUCUCACAUGUGCAUGUGUAUGCGUGGUGUACAGAAACCUGGCAGUUCAACGACAACUAGUUGCAUGAUGGGAUGUUUCCGAAGUAACCCAAAGACGCGAGAAGAAUUCUUGACGCUUAUCCGACGAUGAAACAGCAAAAGCCAAAACCCCGCUUGUCUCCAAUUUCUUUGCCACCGACCUCACACGAACCACCUUUUUUAUUCGACUAUUGAUUCCAUUCCAAAACCACACACCCGUCAUCCGUACAAAGUCAUACUUAUCCUGAUCUACACAAACCCAUACCGUUACACCGUUCCCUUUUUUCUGUUUUCUUUCCACGUUCAACCCAGCAUAUCUUCCCUAAAACCACACAUACACAAGUAAAUAGACAUUGUUAAUGUAUUCAACAUAUAUAAAUA